GCGGUAGAGGGAAAAAAAUGCGAUGACAGACGCAUGCUCGUCGAGAAAACAGCGUUCAGACUAUAAUUAUGAAUAUAAACAUCUUAUGUUUUGCACAUUUGUGAAGAUAUAUUAAUUUUUUUAAAAACUUUCGUAUGAUAGUUAGAGCCUGGCUAAUAAGUGCGACCAUAUCUGCGAACAGUACUAGCGAUAAGUAACCGGCUUUAUGCGAUCAGGCGGCUAGGCCUUGCCUGGCCCGCAGUGUCUCGGUUCAAGCAUGCAUCCCUCCUGGGGCGGUUACGGAGGUGGACACCAGCCUCCUCCACACUUCGGCCCGCGGCCUCAUCAGUUUAGGGAAGCUCAGCCUCCAGCAGCAGCAGCAGGAGGAGGAGGAGGAUUGGGGGGAUAUGGCGCUCCGUCUAAUUUCUCUAGUUUACAAGAACAGCAUUUACAACAAAUGCAGCAGUUGCAGCAGCUCCAUCUGAAGCAGCUGCAGUCGGUGCUGCAUCACCCCGGCAACGCCGCCAGCGGCAGCGGGCCUCCGAACUGGCAAGCCGCACCGCCCAACAGCUUUCAAGAUCCAUCCGCUCUAAGAGGUCCCGCUGGCCCCCCUCAGCCUCAGCCUCAGCCUCAGCCAGCAGAAGGGAAACCUCCAGCUCCCGAGCCUUCAUCAUCUUCAUCGCCUGCAGUGAAGAGCCUCGCUCCAGCACCUCAGGUUAGCGAAGCCAGUGCGUUGGUGGCGGAUGAAAAGCCCGACUUUUCGUCGAUGUCUCUGCAGGAGCAGCAGGAAUAUUGGUAUCAGCAGCAUCGUCAAAAUUUGCAAAAGCUGAAAAACGAGAAGGCGAAGCAGAAUCAAAGUUCAUCUAAUGGAAACAAUGCUCCUGCUCCACUUCCUCCAAUUGAACCCCCAAAGAGCACACCUCCUCCCCCACCUCCCAAAGAAGAACCCCCUCCUCCCCCACCACCGGAGGAAUCAAAGCCCAGUGGCAUCACUGAUACAGGAGACCCAGCUGAAGCAGCACGUCUUCAACAGCUGCAGGCGGCAGCUGCCCAUUGGCAGCAUGUGCAGCAUCAAAGGGCCAGCAUUCAGUACCAGGCACUGAUGCAAGAGCAUGCUCAACUACAGCAGGUCCUGCAACAGUACCAACAGCUUAUUCAACAGCCAGCUCAUCUCCAGACAAUGCCCUUGGAGAUGCAAUUGCAGCACUAUGAAAUGCAGCAACAGCGAUUUGUUCCCUUGUACCAAGAGUGGGACAGGCACUUUAAUUUGUGGUUAGAGCAGUUUCAGGCAUACCCACACAAAGACCAGCUACAUGAUUACGAAGCCCAGUGGAGACAAUGGCAAGAGCAAAUGAAUUCAACUUCAGCGCAUCUGCAAGAGAGAGUCACAACUCUAAGAGCUAUGAAGCAUCAGUAUGGUACAGCUUCUUCGUAUGGGGGCAUGAUGGGACCAUAUGGGCAACACCGACUCCCCGGACCAAAUGGAAACACGCAUUUAGCCAGCCCAGGGCUUCCAUCAAUGCCUCCACCAGUUAACAUGGAUGCCAUGCCAGGACCUUCACCACAGGCCCCGCCACCUUCUGGACCGGUUAUUCCACAGGGACAACGUUUCCCAUCUUCUAGUUCAGAUUCUGUCUCUGAAACAGGUAAAACAGCUGGACCACUUGGACCAGUGGUUCGUCCUCCUCGACCUCCUGGGCCCCCUGGGCCUUAUGGAAGAUUUGAUGGCCCGAGGUUUGAAGGCCCCAGAGGCCCUCGGUUUGAACAGCCACCCCAGCAACGGUUUAGUGUACCACCUAGAUUUGACACUGGUCAGCGAUUUAACCGACCUCCCAGAGGUAUUCCUCCUCAUCCUGGGGCUCCAGCAAGACCUGAGAACCCCCCUAGGCAGAAUGCACCUACACGAUUUGAAAGACCCCCUGUACCUCCUCAACAACCAGGGUAUGGUGGGCAAUCCAGUCCUGUCCCUAGCAUUCAAACAAAGCAACUAUCAGCAAAACCUGAUGCACCACCAGUUGCUCCAUCUCAAAUGGGCCCAGAAAAAAACAAAAAUACACACAAUCAAAAUAACAAAAAAGAUGGUGCUGCUUCUGGUCCGUCACUGACAGAUGACGUCUUGGACUCAGUGGAUGGAUUUUUUAUUCAGAGUGGACCCAUUCCCCAAACUCAGGAUAAUACAUCUGACAAUACCAUUGCUGAUACUGCAAAGCAGGAUAAGUUAAAAGAAGAUACUACUAAACCAUUCCUACCUACAGAAAGUCCAAACACCACCAACAAAAACUCUCAGAAGUCGAGCUCACAACCUUCUAAAACCAACAAUGUUACUAACGGGCCACCACAACAAGCAAAGCCUCCUCAAAAUGAUAUGUUUAAACCUGAUACUCCUAAGGAGGCUCCUAGGGGGCCACAUGUGAUGAAUCAGACAGGCCCACCGCAGGUAACCCGAGGAAGGGGAAGGGGCCAAGGGCCAUUGCCUCUCAGAGGCAGGGACCGUGCACGUGGUCGAGGACAUUACGGAGGACAAAUGGUUGAUCCCAACUGUCAGAGAGAAAUUGUAUCAGAGGAUCCCUAUGACCAUCAGCAACCAGAUUCCAUAACGCACGGAGAGGACCAAGAUUUGGCUUGGAGAGACCCCUCUUUAGAAGGAUCUGGAGAAAUGGAGGACCAGGAAGCACCCCAUGAGAUGUGGCAUCCAGAGGAGGAACUCUUCCCAGAAGAGUACUAUGAAGAUCCUAGAGAGAGAAGACCUCCAGUGAGUCACAGGGAGCACCUAGAGAGCACUCAUCCAGAUGAACACUGGGAAGAAGAACGUCAGGAAUACUGGGAGGAAGAAGAUCCAUACUGGACAGAGAGAAGACCUCCCAUACAUGCUAGACCUCCUUUUCCUCCAGGUGCCCCCAGAAGACCCCCAUUCCAUCCUCGAUUUAUGCUACAUGGUCCAAGACGCCCCCCUACUCCUGGCCCUCCACAUGGACCUCCUCACAUGGGACCACGUGGGGUAAUGGGACCACGGUUCAGACGUGGUCUAGGCCCAUGGGGACCACCACCUCGCCAUGACAUGAUGGAGCGAGACAUGAGACAGCCACCACCUCCUCAUGAAAUCUUGGCAAGGGAACCAGCUGGACCCCUUGGAUAUGAAGAAGAAAUGGACAGAGAACCUGGAUGGACUCAUCCUCGUGGGAGGGGGCUGAGACGUCCUCCUUUACCUGCCCAUGAAAUAGCGAGAGCGAUUAGAAGACCUCCGAUGAGGCCCACAAUGGCAAGGGAGAGGUGGCAUGGCCUACCACCACACGAAGAAGGAAAUUAUGAGGAGGAAUACCCUUGUGGUGCAGAGGAUGAUGCGUACAGGAGGCCAACCCACGAAUAUCAUGAAGAUUAUGAACAAGACGAUGAGUAUUACAGUUCUCGUGAGGAAUGGGGCAGGGAGCAGCCUGACAGAGAAUAUCCACCAUGUCGUCCCCCAGAGCACAUUAGAGAUGAUCACUGGUUGGAGGGAAGAGAAAGGUCAUUCCCAUAUGAAGAUGAGAAUCGGUAUAGAGAGGAACGGAGAGGACCACCUUAUGCUGAUGAUCUACCUUAUCAAGAACAUGAUCGGGAGCCUCCUUAUCACUCUCGUUCUGAUUGGGAAAGGAUUCCUCCUCCACCCCCACCAGAGAGAGCUUACUCUCAUCCAGUCGGUGAAACGGAGCCCCAUUAUGAACACAACCCAGAGCCGCUAGCUGGCCUGCCUGCAUCUCAAGCCCUUGAUCCUCCAUUUGAGCGGUCUUCACCUAGUGCUACUAAAACCGUACUUGCUCUUUCUCAAAGGCAGCAUGAGAUCAUUCUCAAAGCUGCCCAGGAGCUGAAAAUUAUAAGAGAGCUCCAGGAAAACAAGUUGGUUUUGGGAGAAACUUCAAACCCAGAGUCAGCUGGGUUGCCUCCAGAAUUUCCCCCUGGAAUUCUUGGAUUGGAAAUUCCACCUGAGGUUAAAAGUGCUCUGCAGGCUACCAAUUUAUUGUCAGAAACGGGACAGACUAGUCAAACUUUGGAAGCUGGGUUGUCCCCUUCAACUCAAUCUACAGGCUUCCUUCAUUCUUCUUCAGCACCUGCCCCUACAGCCACAUUCAUUGCUAAAACAGUGGACUAUGGGCAUGGCCGGGAUGUUGGUGCCACAGUGGAAAGGAUUUCUUAUGGAGAGAGGAUUGUUUUGAGACCUACUCCACCGCCAUCUGAGCGACUUUAUGAGAAAGAACUGCUAGGCCACAGAGACCCGUACUAUGACAGAAGAAGUGACCCUUAUGGCGGUUCCAGAGAUUAUGACAGGGAUUGGGAGAGAGAUCCAUACAGAGAGAAGCCACCUCUGGAUUAUGAGCGAGACAGAUAUGAAAGGGACCGUUACCUGCGAGAAGAACGACCUCCACUUGGGCCUCGUCCAGGACACAGAGAGAGAGAAAGAGAUCAUCCAAGCCGCUCAAGCAGGGAUCGUGAGGUUUAUAACCGACCAAGCUAUGACAGGUCUUCAUAUGAAAGGAAUCUUGAGCAUUAUGACCAUGGAUCCUCAAGCUAUGGUAGUGAUCGAAGGAGUUAUCCAGAUGAGCGCCCUCCACCACCCACAUCACUUCCCCCUUCUGCUCCUGUUGCUCCCCCUCGUGUGGAAAAGAAACCAGAGACAAAGAAUGCUGAGGACAUCCUCAAAUCCCCAGGUCGAAUGACUCGGCCUGACAGGAUUGUGGUCAUCAUGCGUGGACUACCUGGAAGUGGCAAAAGUCAUGUCGCAAAACUUAUUAGGGAUAAAGAAGUUGAAUGUGGUGGUGCGCCACCCAGAGUUCUCGGUCUGGAUGACUAUUUCAUGACUGAAGUGGAAAAGGUUGAGAAGGACCCUGAUACCGGGAAGCGUGUCAAGAACAAGGUUCUUGAAUAUGAAUAUGAGCCAGAGAUGGAAGAUACUUAUCGAAGCAGCAUGUUGAAGACAUUCAAGAAAACACUGGAUGAUGGAUUUUUUCCCUUCAUAAUCCUGGAUGCCAUCAAUGAUAAAGUGAAGUAUUUUGACCAGUUCUGGAGCGCUGCUAAGACAAAAGGGUUUGAGGUAUACUUGGCUGAAAUCACCACUGAUCACCAAACAUGUGCAAAAAGAAACAUACAUGGAAGAACACUAAAGGAUAUUACAAAGCUGGCCAAUGGCUGGGAAUCUGCACCACCCCAUAUGGUACGACUAGAUAUCAGGUCUCUACUGCAGGACGCGGCGAUUGAAGAUGUGGAGAUGGAAGACUUCAACCCAUCUGAAGAAGAACCAAAAGCUGAAGUGAAACAGGAAGAUGACGACGAGACGGAUCUGGGAUACCUUCCGAAAAGCAAAUGGGAGAUGGACACUUCAGAGGCAAAGCUUGACAAGCUGGAUGGUCUGGCGGGUGGAGGCAAGAGAAAACGAGAAACUGAUGUGUCUGGCAUGGAAGACUUCCUUCAGCUGCCCGAUGACUAUGCCAGUCGCAUGUCUGAACCUGGCAAAAAGAGGGUGCGCUGGGCUGAUCUCGAAGAGAAGAAGGACGCUGACAGAAAGCGUGCGAUUGGUUUUGUAGUCGGUCAGACAGACUGGGAGAAAAUCACGGAUGAGAGCGGCCAGCUUGCUCAGAGAGCUCUCAACCGCACCAAGUAUUUUUAGGAGAUUUUGUAAUGACAUUUAUACAGCAUUUAUGGUCACCAGUUCAUGAAAUUCUUCAUUUCUAAAAUGUACUGCCUGAUGAAGAAAGAGCAACAUCUCUUCAGAAACUGGCGCUUAGUUGUUGGUCGAUCCCGUAGAACACGCUAUGGGCUUGGUGUAAUGUAAAUCCUUUUUUUGUUUUAGCCACAAUCUUAUUUUAAUAGCGUAAGCAUUGUGUGUGUGGUUUUGUAGCAGUGGUGCAUUUGAUUGUAGAUGUUACCCUUUCUUUAUUUUUAUUCCAUAGAUCUAAUGUAUUUGGCCCUGAAAAAUGAUUGUAGUUCACACACAUGUACACACUCAAUAAAGCUUACAAAACCGUCUCA